AUGUAUUCACGACCAGUCUUGUGCACACCCACCAAGCAUUCCCAGACACAUGAACCUCUUGUCCUUCACUCGCCAACUGCUAUGCGCCCCAGAGCUGCCGGUCCCAGCCAAGCCGUGUCUGGUGUGGAUCCCACUUUCGGUCUAGCCACCGAGUCCGGCGCCUCUGAAAGCCGCAAAGCCAGUGCAAUUCGCCCAGUCGCCACGGUAACAUAG